AUGUGGACACUCACAGCCCUCCUGCUCCAGGUUCCUCACAGUGGGCAAGCUGCUACUCUGGAGAAGCCCACCUUGUCUCUACACCCACCUUGGACCACAAUCUUCAAGGGGGAGCGGGUCACCUUACGAUGUGACGGAUACCACCCUCUGCUCCUGGAGCUCCGGCCCAUCAGCACUCUCUGGUAUUUGGGCCAUGCCCUCUUGCCCUCUCACAAGAAGAGCAUUGAGGUGCAGGCACCAGGGGUGUAUCGAUGCCAGACACGGGGAGCACCUGUCAGUGACCCCAUUCACCUCUCUGUAUCUAAUGACUGGCUGAUCCUGCAAGUGCCCUACGCUCCAGUGUUCGAGGGCGAACCGCUGGUCAUGCGCUGUCGCGGCUGGUACGACAAGGUCGUCUACAAGCUUCACUACUACCACGAUGGCCAGGCCGUGCGCUACUUCCAUUCCAGCACCAACUACACGGUGUUGCAGGCGCGUGCCAGCGACAGCGGGCGCUACCAGUGCUCGGGCACCAUGCGCAUCCCCGUGGAGAGCGCGCCCAUGUUCUCCGCCAAGGUGGCUGUGACCGUGCAAGAGCUGUUCCAGGCGCCCGUGCUGCAGGUGACGAGCCCGGCGGAGGCCCGCGGCGGGGUGGCGCUGCGCUGCGACACGCGCCUGCACCCGCGGAAGCGCGACACGCCGCUGCAGUUCGCCUUCUACAAGUACAGCCGCCCGGUGCGGCGCUUCGACUGGGCCGCCGACUACACGGUCCCGGAGCCCGAGCUCGACGAGCUGGAAGCGUACUGGUGCGAGGCGGCCACGGCCACGCGCAGUGUCCGGAAACGCAGCCCGUGGCUGCAGCUUCCGGGGCGGGGCUCUGCCCCGGGCCCGGCCCCCACCGCCGCCCCGGCCCCGCACGCCGCAGCGCUGGCCCCCGGCAGCAAGCCGCUUUCCUUCCGAAAGCCUCCCGUGUCCAGAUCCGUCCCGGCCAUGCCCAACGCCACCUCCGCCGGGCUGCAGGACCCCGCGGCCGGCGGCCCCACGGCUGCACCGCUCGCCUGCGCCCCGCAGACGCCCGCGGCGGGACCUCCCGUCCCCGACCCGGACCUGCUGCUGCGCGAGAUGCAGCUGCUCAAAGGCCUCCUGAGCCGACUGGUGCUGGGACUAAAGGAGCCACGGGCGCUCGCGGAGCACCGGGGCGCAUCCGAGACCCCCGUGGUGGAGAGCUGA